AUGCACUUCUCACGAUCUGUGAUAGUCACUGGUGGAACGACGGGCAUUGGUUAUCAGGCCGCAUUGACUAUUGCCCGAGCUCAUCCGGACUAUCUUGUAAUCAUUUCAAGUCGCUCUGACAAAGAAGACGCCGCGACCACGAUCAACAGAACCUUGGGCCAGAGCAACACUGUUUACAAACGCCUUGACCUGUCAAAUUCGAAUGACGUACGACAAUACGCCAAGGAUUGGGCAUCUGGCGGCAACCCGCCGAUCCAAGCACUCGUCCUCAACGCUGGUCUUCAGUUCCCCAACGAACUCAAGAAGACCGACGAAGGCCUCGAGGCCACUUUCGCAAUAAACCAUGUAGGCCAUGCUUUGCUAUUCCAUCUGCUGGCGCCGCAACUGGCCGACCAAGGGCGCGUCGUGGUCACCUCCAGCGGCACACAUGACCCUGCGCAGAAGUCGGGCCUGCCCGAUGCUGUGUAUACCUCAGCUGAGGAGCUUGCACGCCCAUCGGCUGCAACGGCUGGGAACUCAGGCCUACAGCGUUACUCCAGCAGCAAGCUUGCGAAUGUCCUCUGGGCGUAUGCCCUGCACCGGCAUUUGCAGGAGAUUGUGCCGCAGAAGAGCCUGACCGUAAACGCAUUCGAUCCCGGUUUGGUGCCGGGAACCAUGCUUGGGCGUGAACACCCAAAGUUCCUCCUAUGGAUUUUCAACAAUUUGGCCGUGAGAGCGAUUCCGCUCCUGAGAUUUCUCCUCUCAACGCCAAAUGUCCAUCUUGCGAAAGAUUCAGGCAGACGACUGGCAAGGCUUGCCGUUGGCGCAGAUGUCAGUGGUGUCAGUGGAAGAUAUUUCGAGGGCGAAAAGGAGAUCAAAUCAAGUAAGGAUAGCUACGAUGAAGGCAAGCAGGAAGACCUAUGGAACUGGACCGUCAAGUACCUUGCCAACGGAAAUGCCACAGAGCUGGUUCGGUUUCAGCGUAUCAUUGCAUAG